GGAAAUAACGGAAUAAAUUCUAUCGGAAUCGAUUCCGACGAGUUCCGUAAUAGGUACCCAUGUGUGAAGCCCGUAAGUCAUUUCAUGUGUGGAGCCCUUUACAGUGUUCCGUUUCUCUAUUUACAGACCUCGGUCUGCAACCUAUUCCGAACUGGUUUUUAUUCUUCUUCCAUCGUGAAGGAGAAUGCACGGAUAAAAAACAGUGUGUAUCCUUUUUAUGUGAACUCUACUUUUAUUUUUUAAAUUUGGAAUAUUUAGGAGACGCGCAGUCUAGUUGUACUGAGAAAGAAAAGUAGAGCAAUACCUGUGCAUACCAAGAACAUUGGAUACUCAUUCAAUGCCACACUUGAAUAAUGGUGGAACAUCACAGCGACAAAGGAUAUACACCUCUACCACAAAGUAUAAGUAACACUGAUACCGAAGAUGAAGAGGAACAUUUAACUCAACCUAACGAUAAUGCCUGCAAGGUUGUUGAUAGUACAACAAUAGCGGAAUUGCAUUCGAAUCACGAAAAUGGCAUGUUUUAUCCAUUGGAUGAAACAAAAAAUCUGGGAAAUAAUGCAAGGAAUAGACAAAGCACAAUCAAGUAUUAUAGGGAUGAUAUACCAAUAAUGGUGAUUGAAGGAAGUGAGCAAAAUGAUUUUUGGAAAAGGGAAGAUAUGUCACCAAUCAGACGAUUUUGCUUAUUGGCAUCAAUACUUCUAUGUAUUGUUACAAUAGUUAUCUUUUUGUAUGUAUUACCCUGUGACAAUUCAAUGGUCUGCCCUCCAAUCAUUGAAUCACAAUCAUCAGUAUCAUGGGAUAAAACUUUGCAAAGUGUAGAAAUACAAGGGCCUAUUACUAUAGUACCUGGAUUCCCAUACAAUUUGAUAUUUCUUCUUCAUGGUGAACAACACAAAAAGAAUGAUACAAAAGAUGGAACAAUACAUCAAAGACAAAUACCAUCAGAAGGAGGAGGAGUUAUGUCAAUGCAAGGAAGUAGUGGGUUGCCUUUAUGGCUGGUUCCAUUAAAAAGGUUACCUACUAUCAUAGAUUGUACUAGUAUUGAUAUAGACCGUUCUGGGAAACCUGACUGUAUUGUUGCUGGUGAACAAGGCUUACUUGUUAGCAUAGAACCAAUUGCUGGAACAAUUCAUUGGAGUUCAACAACUCAUACAUUUCCUAAAUUACCAGUUAUUCUACCAGAUAUUGAUGCGGAUGAUAUUGAAGACUUGUUGAGCAUAUCAGUAGAUAAUGCUAAUGUGUCAUCUCUUGUUCUUCUGUCAGGCAAGACUGGCCAAUUACUAGGACGUUAUUUAGUUAACUGCACCUCUAUUGAUAUAUAUAAUCUCGUCUCUAAUGGCAGCAUAUCUUACAGCUGUUACAAUGACAAUGCGAAACAUUCGACGAACUUCAUGUCUCUAAAAGGUUUAUUUCACAGUAUAAAAACAUCACAGAUGCAUAAAAAGCUUGCAACCAAAUUGACGAACACAUUGCCACGACUUUUUGAAAUAGUUAAAAUGUGCAAUGAGGAAUAUAUUUGGAAGCCUACGCCUUAUCACUAUCUGACUAUAGAAAAUAAAGGAGUAUGUCCGGGUCAACUUUGCCGGGUUAAUGUGAAUCUAACUUUGCAGAAGUUAACAAAUGAACCGAUAACUAUUUGGGAUCACGUGAGUUUAAAUACGUUCGCAUCGAAGCCGGCAUUUUUGGUAACCCCGGAUAAACCUUACACCUCUGGUUUUGCCAUUAAAUUCUGGCAAUGGACAGACUUGUUAUCCGAUUAUGUUGAAAAAGCAUCUGUUACAGAGCAGAAGCUCAUAGAAAGAGUUUUGAUAGUUUUCGUGAACUAUACAGAUGUACAAGCUAUUAACGCUAGUCAAAGUGAUUUAACGCAAUUGUGCCAUGGUUUUAACUGUCAACCAGAUUUAAAUUCGCGAAAGCAGUUUAGUUCCAUUGCCAUUAAGUAUAUUAAUAAUGAUGAAUUUCCUGAAUUGAUAAGUUAUUGGUCCUCAUAUGAUGUAGACUCAACGAAAAGCUUGACAUCGAAAGUACAAGUCAUCAAGAUGGAUUCUGUAAUGUCUAAUUUAUUACAUGGAAACGUUUAACUUUGUCAGACGAUUUUCGUUCAUAUCUCGCAUUCAACAAUAUGAUUGCGCUUGCAUCGCAUUUCAUCGAUUCGUUUGAAGUAAAGGCAUUGUCAUGUCAGUUUAAAGUAAAGUUUAAAAUUUUAAACAUAAAGAUCAGAUAUUUAUUUCACAUAUUUGAAUAGAAUUAUUCUAAUCUCUUCUGGUUUUAUUUAUUUUUUUUAAUAUUUAUCAAUGGCUGUGUGCAGAAAACGGGUUUUAGAAUCGCUAAAUGAUAUUUGUCUGUGAUUGAUAUAUAUUUAAAAAUUUAUCAAUCUGUUCUUUAAAGAAAUUAAUCUCAACCAUUAUUACAAAUCUUCAAACAGCAGCUAGUGAUUCCUAAAAUUGUAUGAUAUGAUCAAUAGUCAAGAUUGUAUCACACGUGCAAAGAAAUUUAUGCCAUAAAUUAUUAAUCAUAAAAAUGUUAUGUUUUCUGAUUAUACUCUAAAUGGUGCCUUGAACCGAGUUGUAUAUACUUAUGCGUUUUAUAUCAUUCAUAAAGUGCAAGAAAAAUCUGCACUUAGGAUAUAUUUAUUUAUAAACAAAUAUAUAUUUAAUGUGUGUUCAGACCAUACUUGUUUAUAAAUAGAUAUUUCCUUGCAAGUUCAAAACCGUGGAAAAAUAUUUACAUUUUCGCCUAAAUCUUUAAAGUUUUUGCUAUGCCUAUUAAUUUUUCAAAAAGUUUAAAUUCUUCGCAGUAAGUACAAACAUUAAUUAAAUAUAUAUGUUUUCUACAUAUAAGCAAUAUUGCAGUAUUAUGAGUUCAAUAGUUAAUGAAGGGUGUGUUUUCUCCGGAUGGGUACUGCGUCGUAAUUCAGCUUCGUGCCGACGUUUCGCAAAUAUUGCAAGCGAUAUCAGUAUUGGAGCUCCUAGCCCUGAUGAUGCAAGCUGCAAUGUUUGUGAAACGUCGGCACAAAGCUGAAUUACGACGCGGUAUCCAUCCGGAAGAAACAUACCCUGAUUGUAUCAAUGGGCCGCAAAAGUCUAAAAACUAAUUAAUGAAAAUCUUAUUCUAGUCGUGUACAAGUAUUAUCUUAAUUUGUGCUUUGAAUUAAAUCUUAUCGUUUAUGUUAUUGAUAGAUUAUUUGAUAAAUUAUUGGAUAUAUUAUCGCUUAACUCUAUGAGGAAUUAUUGUAAUUCAAAAAAUUAUUAU